UUCAGUUGUGUUUUUGUAGUUAUUAGCUAUUCUUUUAACAAAGUAAAAACCAAACUUUUUACAGCAGCAGCUGCUCUCUAAAUUUGCAAAAAUUCCAAUAUAGAUUUAGUCAGAAACCCUGGAGCUACUGGCAGAAGAACGUUAACUACUGUUUUAGUUCUCUAUCUUUGUUGAGUUGUUUCUUAGGUAUUUUGGGUGUGCAUUUACAGAAAAUUGAAAUCAGAUUUUUUUUUUUAUCUCAACAGGAUCUCAUUGCUGAUGCGUACCGACAGAUUUUUCAGAAGGAAUUCCCCACUGCAGGAGAAGUAACGUGUUGUGAAAGAGAAGCACUGUUACCUAACCGACCACAGUUGCAUCCAGAUCUUUCAACAAAAUACAUACAGGAAAAACUGAGUAUAAUUCAAGUGGAAGCAGAAAAAUUGGGUCAUCUCUGAUCCAGACGUGUCCAUUAUGCCUCAGCAGUAUUUAUUACAACCUGCCAGUUAAAGGCGAUGUCUUGGGGCGCUGGAGGCCACAACACCACGAGCAGAGUGUGCAUGGGGCCUCUCUGCUACCCAUUUCCAGCAACCCUACUGUCAUGUGAGGCCAACGCGCUCCAGCACUGCCCAUAGCUAACCUGGGGCAAGAUGAACAGCUACAGAGACAGAGGGGUAACUUGCACCUCCUUGGACCUUCUGGGUGGAGGAGGAGGAGCGGCGGCCCAGCACACACCAUUUCGUCACACGCCUAAUGGACACCCAGCUCCCGACCCCGCGGACCCAAUGAUCCAGCCACGCAUUUCAGUGCCCAAAAUGGGUGUUCGUGCACGGAUUGCAGAGUGGCCGCCACGUCGCGCGCAGUCUCGGGAGUCGCUGCUCGAAAACGGGCAAACGGGGAGCAAUUACUACGAUGACUGUUCCACUUCAUCAUCGGUCGUGUCGUCUGAUGUCAGGCUGGUGCGAGGAGGAGUCGCCAGAAUGCCCCAGAGGCGGUCGAGGGAUGUGGAGUUGAGAGGAGGGGGAUAUGGUGGUGAAAGAGGUUCACCUUUCAGCCUAAGAAUGUUCCCACCUUUGAGACAGCGCUCCAACAGUGAAGUGACGCUCAGUGAACAAGACGAAAACGAGGUGGAGUGCCGUGCAGGUGGUGGAUUGGUGAAUCGGUUCAGAGAGUAUGGCAGCACUUCUUCCAUUGACAUCCAGGGCAUUCCCGACCAGAGCAUCCUGGAGAUUUUCACCCAGCUCCAACAGGACAGGCCUGACCAGCGCCGCUCAGCUGGCGUACAUCUCGACUCACCUCCUGACGUACCCGUUCCCUCUCCGCCCUCACCUGGUCCAAUAGAUGAUCGAGGGACGGGAAGAAAAGACGGCACUGAGAGAGUGAGGAAGAAAAGCGGAGGGACGGAAUCAUCCUUGGGGACCUCCUCUCUGUUCCGGAAACUUCGGAGCUCCAGCAGAGGGGAGCUGGACGGAGGCAAAGGAGAGCCUAAUGAGGACAGGGGAUGCCGGGGUUCAGCAGAGACCUCAUACAAGCCUUGGGUUUGUCCAAAGAGUUUUGUCCACUUUGAUUCUCAGAGCAUCUUAUUUGACCUCCAUGAGGCAGCAGCUCAGCGCGGCUUCGCCACCCAGAGGAGGAACACGGCCACGGGGGCGUCAGCUGCUUCUACGUCCCUUUCUAAAUCCUCCACCGCUUGUGUGAACGAUCCCAUUUAUUCCAGCAUUGAAGAUCUGACCCUGAGUCACGAUCAAGGCUCCACUACCCCCUCCCUAACCAUGGAACCUUUAAAUGGACCUGGAGCACACAACUCCAGCCAGUUGCUCCGCUCCUGCCCUCACUUCCUGAAUGAGAUCGGGGGCCAGAAAGAACGAAACAUCAGCUUUCUUGGCUCUUUAGCAGAUCGAGAAGUAGAUGGGGAGAGGGAGAGUGGGAGGGGGUGUUUAAGAAGGACCAAUGCCAGUGUGUCAGUGCUGGAGGUAUCAUGUGAACAGCAGACGACAAGAAUGGAGAAGCUCCAGCUGUACAGCAUAGAGCACGUCGACCUGGGAGCCCUGUACUACAGAGACUACUUCCAUGGAAAAGAGCACUCAAACUACUUUGGGACAGACGAUAAGCUGGGCCCCGUGGCUGUGAGCAUCCGCAGGGAGAAGUUAGAAGACACCAAAGACCUGAAAGACCAGUACCAGUACCGGCUCAUCGUCAGGACUAGUGAGCUCGUGACCCUGCGGGGCAUAAUUUUAGAAGAUUCUGUGGCGACUACGGGGAAGCACGGCACAGUGAGAGGUCUGCCACUCAAGGAGGUCCUGGAACAGGUCGUCCCCGAGCUCAGCGUGUCCUGCUUGAGACUGGCACUGAGCACAGCCAAAGUCACCGAUCAGCUGCUUAAACUGGACGAACAAGGGUUGAGUCAGAAGCACAAGGUGGGUGUUCUUCUGUGCCGUUCUGACCAGAGCACAGAGGAGGAGAUGUACAACAAUGAGGAGGCGACGCCGGCCUUCUCCGCUUUCCUGGAGCUGCUCGGGGAGCAGGUGCUCCUCAAGGGAUUCGGCAAAUACGCCGCCCAGCUCGACACAAAGACGGACUCAACAGGCACCCACUCCCUUUACACUACCUACCAGGGCUACGAGAUCAUGUUCCACGUUUCCACCAUGCUUCCGUACAUGCCCAGCAACCCCCAGCAGCUCCUGAGAAAAAGGCACAUAGGAAACGACAUUGUUACAAUAAUUUUUCAAGAGCCGGGAGCGCUGCCUUUCACUCCUCAGAAUAUUCGAUCACAGUUCCAGCACGUUUUUGUUAUUGUUCGUGUGCACAACCCCUGCUCUGAAAACACCUACUACAGCGUUGCUGUAACACGGAUGAAGGACGUGCCUUUGUUUGGGCCUCCUUUCCCGCUCGAGGUCACCUUCCGUGACCCAGAGGUGUUCCGCAACUUCCUCUUAGCCAAAGUCAUCAAUGCUGAAAACGCCGUGCAUAAGUCGGAGAAGUUCCACACCAUGGCGACGCGGACGCGGCAGGAAUACCUACGCGACCUGGCCGAGAACUACAUCAGCAGCACGCCUCUGGACACCGCUGGCAAACUGAACAACCUGAUCUCCCUCGCCUCCAAAAAGCGGGAGCGCUCCAAAGCGAGAGAGGGAGGCGAGCUGGGAGCCAGAGGAGCGGUCGCCUGGAGAGUCCAGGCUCAGGAUUUUCGAGGUGGAGCCAAAGAGCUCCCCUGCGCUUUGGGCAUAUCAGCCGAGUUUGUCGUCCUCGUCGACUGCGCCGCCAAAGAAGUCGUGUUUAAUUGUUUCUGUUCGGACGUGAUCGGCUGGACUCCGGAGCGUCUGGCUCUUAAAAUUUUCUUCGGUAGAGGAGACCACAUUGCACUGCGGGUUCCAGAGGGCUGUGCGCAGGACAUCAGGGAAGUGGUCCAGCGGCUGAAGUUGUUGACGAUUGGAUGUGAAACGGUGGACAUGACACUGAGGAGAAACGGGCUCGGACAAUUGGGCUUUCAUGUACGCAUGGACGGCACAGUGGCUGAGGUGGAGGAGUAUGGCUUUGCUUGGCAAGCGGGGCUGAGGCAGGGCAGCCGAUUAGUGGAGAUCUGCAAGGUGGCCGCCGUGACACUGAGUCACGAGCAGAUGAUUGACCUGCUGAGGACGUCGGUCACUGUCAAAGUGGUCAUCAUUCCUCCAUUCGAAGACAGCAAGCCGCGCAGGGGCUGCACGGAGGAGCACGAGAUGAAGACUAUGGAGCAGAAGCCUGAGCCUGAGCCUCUGCCAGCAGGGUACCGGCCCUCUCCACGCCAAACGUGGCGGUGGGAAAGCUCUCCGGUACCCGCAGGGCUCCACAGCACUCCCAACCCACAGCGGUGGGCCCCCGUGGGGCCUCCACCUCUGCAGCGGCCACCCAAAGCCCUGCUGCCGGUUCCCUACAGAGAGCCUCAACACCUCCCCUCUAAAAGGCCCGUGAGUUACCCAGAGAACCACUACAUCCUGUCCCCUGCCGGCGCCGACAGAAUGCUGCCCUACAGAAACCCCUCAGCCAGUUUCUCCUCGCCCCCCUCAGGCCUGGUCGGCCUCUCUGCUCUCGGGCCUCCCGGAAUCACGCCGGGCCCAUUUGUGCGCUACAAACCUUCACCUGACAGAUUUGGAGCAGUACAUCGCCCCCUGCUGUCUUAUGAGCCUCACCUCACUGUGGACAUCAUUUCUAGUGGAGAGUCUUCCUCGGGUUUCACCAGCCAGGACAGCACAAUGGAGCGCAACAAAAUCGAACCCCUCUGGCACGUCCCAACAUCCUCGUCUCGAGGGCCAGGUGGUGGAGGGGGGCAGAGGAGGCUCACCCGACAGGAUGUCCCGGGGAAAGACUCUCCAAACAGACACUUGAAGGGGGAGUCUCAGUACUCCAGCCACUCCAGCAGCAACACUCUGUCCAGCAACGCCUCCAGCAGCCACAGCGACGAGCGCUGGUUCGAAGGAGGAGCCGGUGGAGACAGGGGGAGCGGAGGUUGCCUCGUGGACCCGGCGGAUCCGGACCCGAACCCUCUCAACAAGGGGGGCUCCAAUGACAGCGGCAUCGACGCGUCCUUGCACUACAAGAACACUCACCAGGGGAAUAUGUCCAGCAGCCACUUCCACAAGGCUCUGCUCGGCCCCGCCGCCUACAACAGCAUCCACGAGCUGAACGUGGGGAGGAGCAACGGGGGAGAGGAAGCAAAGAGACGGGAACCCUCGCCGUUCUUACCCACUACGGCCAAUCAGAACAAAGACUACCGAACCAAGACAUUCCCGCCUCCAGGCUCCAGCGCAGAAAAAAUGGAAGCCUUCAAACCCAGGGCCUACACACCGCAGGGUUACAAGACCCCUACGGCGGAGAAAGCACGACCGGUCCGGGCCUCCACAACGACACCCACCUCUGCUCAAAUGAACUCCUCCUCUUUAUCCAGCUCUGCUCCCAAGUCCUCGUCUGGACGGAGCAAACCAGCCGCCCGACAGACGGAGGACACCGGCUCUGACAACAGCAGGAAGCAGAUCGAUACAAAUUCAAAAAAUGUUUUCGGACAGCCACGGCUCAGAGCGUCACUGAGGGAUCUGCGCUCUCCUAGACGGACAUACAAAAGCACCAUAGAGGACGAUCUAAAGAAGCUGAUCAUCAUGGACAACCCCGGAGAGUCACCAGCACGAGACCCGUCUCCCCGGCGCACCUUGCAGCGCACGUUUUCAGACGAGUCGCUAUGCAGCGGGCGCAGGGACGCCAGCUUCGCCUGCUCCGAAGACCAGAGCACCCCCACCGACGUGCUGUUCACCUGCACGCUGCCCACUCGCAAACACGGCGUCUCCUCCAACCACUUUCAGGGCAAAAAGAGUGAGUCUCAGAGCCAGCAUUGCAACUUGUCGUCUCACGUUUGUCCGAAUACUGAAGCGGCUCUUCCUCCCUCAGUGCCUCUCUCAGCAUCAGAGUUGUCCCUGACAGAAAUGAGGGAUAAACUCCCCCCCUUGAGGAGGCUCGAUCCCGGGUUGAUGCCCCUCCCUGACACUGCUUGUGGACUUGAGUGGUCCAGUCUAGUCAAUGCUGCUAAAGCCUACGAAGCACAAAGAGCCGUUUCCCUCUUUUCGCUGGUCGAGCCACAAGUUGUGAGUCCAGAGACGAGGCCGGUCGCCAGCCCAGUCCAGUUUCAGACUCCUCAGACGCCGCGGACCACCCCAACCUUCAGCAGCGAUGAAGUAUCCAACGACUUGUCAGGGCGAUUAAACCAGCUGGAAGUGAUGCUGAAACAGCUGAACAAUGAUCUGGAGAAGGAGAAGCAGGAUAAAGUCGUUCUGCUUGCAGAGAUGGCUAACCUGAGGGAAAAUAACCAGCGCUUACAAGAGGAGAGCCAGUCUGCCAGCGAGCAGCUGCGCAAGUUCAACAUGCUUUUUACCAACAUCAGCAGGACAGGAAGUGAUCAGGAGGCUUCCUGUGUAACGCCCGAGAGCCGCUCACAGAGGGAGUGAAGGUUCACGCUGCCAGACUCGGGCUGAAGAGGGGAGACCCAGUGGGACAAAAAUAUGCUUUUUAGUUCCCAUGAUUACUUGCACUCACAGGGCCAGCAGAGAACACAUUGAUGUCAAGUCUUUUCGCUUCCAGUGGACUGCCUUAAACCAGAGACGAGGAUUUUUUUUAUUGCAGCGCCAGAACGUCUCAGCAGAGAUCUCUUUUACUUCAUUAACUGAAGACGUCUCAUGAACUUGUAAUAUAAAAAAAUAAGUGUGCUACUAUGCGGGAGGAGUGAACAAGAGGAGAUCCUGACUGUUUUAAAGAAAAAACUACAUCACCUGGAGAGGCCUAAUACUGUUCCUGCAGCGAAUCAGCCAAAAAAGAAGAGGAAAAAACACAGACUUCAUCUCCCAGAAUGCACUAAAAAAGAAAAAAAAAACUCUGCAGAUGUGGGGCUGUAGAGCGAAGCUUGUGUGGUACAAUUCUGUAUGAGUGUUCUUACAUUGAAAUGAACUCCAGCUUUGUACUGAAGAGGUGAGACAGUGCAAAGCUCAGCAGAAAGAUGGCAUCAAAGGAAGAUGCAUUUCAUUAUUUUGGUGUGAGUGGCUGUGUUAGCGUUUGAGUGAGGAGUGUGUGGAGUAAGGCAGAAACACAAACCCAUUUACUGUAUUGGAGCUGCAGUCACUGAUCAGACUGAUGACUAAAAGCUCAGAGAUUUGAUCAUAUCAUCCAUUCCACUGUAGGUUUUUGGUCCCAGUGUUGAUGAUGAUGUCAUCACCCAGAAUCCAAGUGUUCUGGAAUAUAAUUGUACCUCCAGAUGUUAAAGCAAAAGUACAGAGCCCUGGACGUGACGUUAUAAGUUAUUCUCUCAAAUUAGCAUUUUGUGGCCACACAUUAGCAUGUUAUUUGUAUUUUGUGCACACAGGUUAGCAUUUUGUGCAAAGAAGUUACAAUCUCGUUCACACAAGUUACCACCUAUUGGAUAUUAGUGUUUUGUUCACAGAAAUGAGCAUUUUGUGUGCACAAGUUAGCAUUUUGGGUACACAAUUUAACGUCUCAUGUGCCAAAACUAGUAUCUAGUGUGCACAAGUUAGCGUUCUGUGCUCUCAAGUCUCCCUUUUCAGAAGUUAGUGUUUUGUGUGCACAAAUUUUAUAUUUUGAAUGCACAAGUUAGCUUAUUGUGUAUGCGAGUUAGCAUUUUGUGUGCAAAUUAGUAUCUUGUGCACACAAGUUAGCAUUUUGUUCACACAUAUUUGUAUUUGUGUGCAAAAGUUAGCAUUUUUUGCACGCAAGUUAGCAUUUUGCGCACUGAAGUUACUAUCUUGUGCACUCAAGUAAGCUUUCUGUGCUCACAAAUUAACAAUUUGUGUGCAAAAUUUGUAUAUUUUGUGUGCACAAAAUGCUAACUUAUACACACAGAAUCCUCGCUUGUCCACACAGAAUGCUAACGUAUCCACACAGAAUGCUAACGUAUCCACACAGAAUGCUAACUUGUCCACACAAAAUGCUAACUUGUCCACACAAAAUGCUAACUUGUGUGCACAAAAUGCUAACUUAUACACACAAAAUGCUAACUUGUGUGCACAAAAUGCUAACUUGAGGUCAACAUUUUUUUUUCAAUCUCCCGUCCACGGCUGUGUACGAAUGAGGCAACAGUGUUGACAUUUUGAGAAUUUGCACAUUGGAAAGUUUCAUCUACAAUUAUCCUUUAAAUAUUGCAUAAUUAUAAUAAUUUUACUGAGAAAGUUAAUUAGAACAUUUUUACUUGACUAAGCUUUUGCAAGAAGCAGAAAUCAUGUUAAAUUGAGGGUUACAGUCAGAGCAACACUAACUCAAGUGUUUACCCUUUUAUUUGUUUACAUAUUGAAAAUAGUUCUAUUUAAAGCAUUUAAAUCUUAUACUAUCACGCUGGUGGUUAAAUCUACUCGAGUCUUAAAUCUUCAGAUAAAUACAAAAAACAUUUAUAGUUGAACCUGCCAAGUAAUAUUUCCAUUUUUUGUGGCGGAAACAUGAGUAAUUUUCUUUUUGUGAAUUUUGUAGGAAUAAUCGGAAGUAGUUUCUAAACGCUGUUGCCGUAUUAGGAGGAAAGACAAAGAACAGCUAGUUAGCUGUUUGGCUUAACAAAGUAUUUUGUCAAUAUUAAACCAAUCCAGACGGUAAAACCACCGUCGAAUUCAGUAAAGCUCCUCCGUUAAAUGUUUCAGUUAAGGUAUGAAACCAGCUUCAAUGCUCUAUUAAAAUUAUAUGAAAUGACAGGAGUGUAAUUCUCAAAAUGUCAAACGGUAAACAAAACUGGGACCACUAACUUCUCCUACAGGAUGCAUUUACUGCACAGUAAACUCAGUGAACGGUGAGGAUCAAUACCAGAACCUAUGUGAGUGUGUGUGUGUAGGAUGAACCCAAACACUAUUUAUACAGCUAUCUUACUCAAUAUUGUUUAGUGGGUUUUACUACAGAAACAAAAGUGUAUGUAUUUUGGAUGCUGGUACUUCCUGGACGUCACUUCUCUUCAGUGGCUAAGAUAUAUAUAUAUAUAUUUGUAACACAAUCAUUCAUCUCUUCAGUUCUCCACUGUUUUAUAAGCUGUUUGAUUGCAAUUGUCCAUCCUGCUCAGGUCCCUCAAGAUGCUGUUAUUGACACAACUAAACAGUGAACAAAGAGAAUGAAGCAGUAAAGACAAUUUUUUUACGAUUUUUGCAAAGUUGCUGCUUCAAAGUUGCUUUUAUUUACCAAAACCAGAAGUACCUUAGUUUGAUAAUCUUUAAUUCCCCAUUUAGGUCAAACUUCUUCAAAUAAUUCUCUUUUGUUCCAUUAACAGAGCAAAUGCUGUGAACAUUUCUUUUUUCUCUCACAAACAGUUCCCUUUACUCACACUAGAGGGCGCACACUUCUUUUUUUUUUUGUAUUGCAUAUUAAAACUGGACUGUUGUUUCCACUUAUACACCACUAAUCUGCAGGUUUUGCUUUAUAGAUGUGCUAAUAUUCUUGCGCUAACAACGAUCAUCUCCUCAACAAAAACGUUUUUCCAUCGUGACCACCUGUAGGUCCCUCCACCCUCAGCUCCACAGGUGCAGCUGUGAUUCUACGUCUUAUUCUGUUGGUGUUCCUCUGUAAAAGGGUGCGGUGUCCUUUUUAUAUAAAUCAUUUAUGUAUAAUUUUAAGCUAUUUAAACUGUACAACACAUUGAACAAAUCAGUAAGGAGUUAUCAGUCAUACUGUAUUUCUGUUUUUUUUUUAUUUUAAAUGUCAACUAUUUUUUAUAAUUUAUUUUUUGACACAGUCACUGUUGCAAACAGUAGUGAAGACAUGAGGGUACUGUGUUUUAUAUGCUGUUUUACCUCUGAUCCAUGUACAAACUGUAUUCCUACUCGUUUUCUCUGCCUCAAACUGCUUGUGGUUGGGCCAGACGAAGUAAAAGAUGAAACAUUUUCAGUUCUCUGGGUUGUAAUAACAUGUACAUUUUAAAGUGUAAAUUGUGUUUUCAUUAUUUUUUAAGAAAAAAAUAUUAAACAAUUUAAUGAAUUGUG